AUGUCGCGGCAAUGGGCUUACCCCUACGGCUCCAACUACGUCGAUGCCGAUGGGUUUCUGCGGCCGAAUACCCCGUCCGGCCGCUUCUCAAACUACAAGAUCCAGCCCGAUUUCAUCGCAACAAUGUUGGGGUUGGAGGAAGCCCCUCCAGCACAUGCCCGUACAGCGGAGAAAACCUGCGACCCGUCCGGCAUGACUUUUGCUACGGGUGGCGCAGCGGUGUUGGAUAGUACAUCACAUGAGGUUCCCACCUUUACCAAGCAAGUCAAUACUUUCAGGAAGAUGGUCAAAGACGGGACCAUCACGAAGAAACAAUUGACUCACUCUGUAGCGCUCGUGGCCUUCUCCGGCAAUGAUUAUGCAAGCACCGGCGUCAUUGGCCUAAGUAACCCCGACGAUAUUAAUGCUUAUAUUGGGAAAGUGACAAAAGAGAUGGCUGCUAAUGUGGAGCAAUUGUUGAAGCUCGGGGUGACAAAGGUUCUUGUCAACAACUUGCAUCCUGUCGGUUGCACGCCAUCACAAACCCGAACUAACAACUACACUACGUGCAAUAUUUUUGAGAACUUGGGUGCUUCCAUCCAUAACAAUAACCUGAAACAAGUUAUGACAGCAAAGAAGAAUGUCCACAUCGUCGAUCUGUACACCACAUUCAUUAAUAUUGUGGAUCAUGUGCCAGGUAAAGGCUCAGAGCUAUCGAAGGAAUUCAAGCGCAAACUAUCGCCGUGUUGCAAGAGUUUAGAUUCGAAGGGUUACUGUGGACAGCAAGGCGAGUUGUCCACAGAGCUUCUUUACACCGUGUGCGGCAAGUCCAAUAAAUUUUUCUAUUGGGACGACAUGCACCCGACACACGCGGGAUGGGGGGCUGUCAUGAAACAAUUGGAAAAGCCUUUGAGGGAAUUUUUAGAUCAAGACUAG